AGUUGCUUUCGGUUUUUCCGAGUUGUUACGGAAGUGCUGCGCGAGAGCCGACUGGCCGGGGAACAGAAGGGCUCCGAGGCAAUAAUGGAGGCGGCGUCGGCGGAGACGGCGACGAUGGUGUUCGUGUACGGCACCCUGAAGCGCGGGUUUCCCAAUCACCCCCGCCUGGCUGCCUUCGACUGCCCCUUCGCCGGCGCGGCCACCACCGCCGCCCCAGCCUCCCUCGUCAUCGGGCCCUACUCCGUUCCCUUCCUCCUACCUGCCCCGACUCCGUCCUCCGGCCGUCUGGUCUCCGGCGAGCUCUACUCCGCGUCUCCCAGCGCCCUCGCCGACCUCGACUUGCUAGAGGGCACUCACCUCGGCGUCUACGAGCGCCGGCGGAUCACCGUCGUGGUUGACGGGACGAGCAAAGAGGUGGAGGCAGAGGCUUACUUUGCGAACGCGAGCUACGCGGAGGCCCUGUGGCUGCGCUGCGGCGGCGAGGCGGCCGAGAUCGCGGAGUACACCAUGGAGCACGCGGGCAGGUACGUCCCGCCCAGUGGCCGCUCUCCCGGCGUCUCCGGGCUCAUGGAUGCCGUCCGUGCCUUCCUCGCCACUGCUCCGCCAGAAAAUUGAACUGUUGUCCUCUUUCCUUCCGAUCAUUCUCUGAAUGAAUUGAAGAAUAAAAUGCUCCGUAGCAUCCAGUACACACCUAUAUUUAUCCAUUACUACAUUCAUACCGAUUUCUUAAUUGUGAAUACGUACUUUUUAUUUGGAGAAGUUGCUGCUUGAGUAAAGAUGCUUGGAGAGCAUCUACGCAUUGAGAUUUGUA